UGUGCCGAAGAGGGAGUGAUGACUGGUGUGUUCAAACUCGCCCUGCUUGCAGUGGUUCUCACUGCCGCAAGAACACGGUGCGAUACAGAUGAAAUAAGGGUUCAACAAACUCCUGGUCGUACCGCUGAAACCGCUGAACAGAACAUUCUUAAAAAGUUCUGGAAGGGUCACAAGAAACUUUGGACUGCCAAAUCAACUUAUGUGUUUACCUAUAAUUGCGAGCGUGAAGUGCCCAGCAAUAUUACUGACACUGGCGUGAAGAUAACCACAUUCUUCCAAACCAGAAACUCAUUCACACUGAAUUGGACAUUUGUACAAAACGACACAAUGACCUGCACAUUGUCAAGUAAUGUUGAACUAAGAAGACAAAUCGUGUAUCAAAAUAAAACCUGUGCUGUUUUCAAGAUGAUAGUUUUUUCACGUAGUGAGAGCGCAGCGCAAGAAAACACGCACGUGCGAAGUGAAACGUAUUACAAACUGGUUGUAGAUGACAAGAAAAAAGGUACUGUACCCAAUGACUGUACAGCACAUUACAGGAAAGCAAGAGGCGAAAGAAAGACCUAUAAAGUAUAUCGCGAAAAUUGCAAAAAUAUCGAAAAUAAAUAUGUUAAAUAA